UGCUUCCCGCCAAACGAUACGAUGGCGCUGCAGUCGGUGCGACGCGAUCGCAGUAUCAAAUGUUCAGGAAUACGAAGUGAUGUUCAAUUAAAAAUGGGGAUUGUUUGUCGAUUUUAAAUAAUUAACUUGGAUUGACCGUUUGUGGCGAUAUUGUAGUAAGUGAUUUUCCAUAUAAAUGCUAAUUUAUAUUCAGUUGGACGUGUAAUUGUGCUCGAAGAAUUUGAGGUCGUUAUACUGCGUUUUGCCAUCUUGUCUCCCCUGCGUUGCAUUGGCAGUGAUGUUCCUAUCUUCAAUAGUGUGUACGAAUAAGGUUUGAAAUAUUUUGAAAAGAACUUUGUGUGUUUCACAGAAGAUGAAAACAUGGUGACUGUUUUGUUGUUUGUGUUGCUGUUUAUCAUUAUGAGAGAAAAGCUUUUUGUGACUGAAAUACAUCAGAGCCUUUAUAUAUCUCUCUUCAGGAAAUGCUGUGUUUGAAGUGGCAAUUUUAAACGUCGGUGGUGUUGUGUACUGUGUAGUAGUUACAUAUUUGCUACACUCUGACAGUGCUCCAUUAUUUAAAUAACGUCAUAAGUAACGAAAUUUAAUAUAAAUUGCAGAAUUGCGUAAGUUUUGAAGAUCUGUUUAGUGUCUACAUAUACAUGAGAUGGAAGUGGACGGAGGAGAUCCGGCGGGAGUAAACAAAAACCCGAAACUUAUCAGAGCGGCACAGGAUGACAUUUCAAAGUUAGAUGUAUUAGUGUGUGGAUCGUGCCACCACGUUUUUCAUUUUAUUGAAGAAUUUCAACAACAUAAGGAGAAUCAAGAAUGUGAGAAUCCCACAUUUAAGGCAAAUUUAUCGGAAACAAAGCCACAGGUGUGGGCAUUUUUGCUUUGGAAGAGUGCAGUAGUUGCACAACAAAGACCAGAAGAUAGCAAAGAAAAUCUUAAUUCAUGGAAAUUGUAUCAAAAAUGGUGCAAGAUGAAAGAAAGUGUUCGCAAUUCUUGGGUUGCAGCAGGAAAAACAAUCCAGAGUUUUUCAGUACUCUCGAAUGCCAAGCUACAAGAGAUCCAUAAAAGUUCCCCUGAUGGAAAGGGUAAAACAGUAAAUUUAAAGCCAGCUGAAAAUGAUGAAAAUGAUGUGCUUAAAACAUCAGAUGAUUCAAAAAAAAACCAGGAAAAAAAGGCUGCAAGAAAAACCUUACAUCCUGUUGACAAGAAUGGCAGCAUCAAAGAUAUUAAACAGGUACAGAAUAAGGACAUCAAAUCAUUCACUUCAAAGAAUGACAUACCUUGUGCAGAUGAAACUGAGAAGGCCCCAGAAACGCAAUUAGAGUUGAAGGAGAGCCCUCCCAUUAAGGAGAAGGGAGGUGAUAGCCCAGAAAUUGUGAAAAAUACUGAGAAAAAAUUGGAUGAACAGGAGAAGAUGGAGUCAGAGGAAGUGCAAGGGGAGGUAAUGGAUAAAAAAUCAUCACUACAACCAAUUGAAACAAUUGAAAUAAAAGAAGAAAAACUCAGUGAAGCGGAAGAAGAAAUUGUAGAAGAGGAUACAAGUUUAAAAGUUCCUUGUGUUGAAUCAACUACUCUGCCAGAGCUUGAGCAGAAAUCCGAUCCAAACAAGAAGAUAGAAAAUGUAAUUAAAAGUGUUGCUGGAAAGGGUAUGCGUCCAAAUAUAAACAAAGGGGCAGAUGAAGGCUCAAGUGAAGAUGAAUAUGUAGUAGAGAAAAUUCUUGCAAAAAGAUUCAAUCCAAGAAGAAAGUACUAUGAAUAUUUGCUGAAAUGGGAAGGCUAUCCACAUGAUCAAAAUACAUGGGAACCAGUGCAUAAUAUGGCAGCUUGUGACAAAUUGGUCGAGACAUUUGAAAGAAAUUUAGCAAGGCAGAAAGCAGCUCAACAACAGGGAAAGAUAAUGUCAGCUGCUACACCAAAUCAAAAGCCUGUGUCAAGGACACCAAAACCCCAGGUGAAGAGUAUAGAGCCACCAGUUGAACCAGGAAACAGUGGUGGCAUUGAAAGCCGCCCUGUGCGAAGUAGCAAGAAAAAAGCAUUAGCGCAAGUGAAGUCAUGGUGUGGUUCUAUGGCAAAGAAGUCUGAUUCAGAACUGGGAGGCAAGAGGAAAGCUGGUGAGGACAGUGACACAGAUGAUGAUGAUGAAUUGUCCUUGCCAGAGAAGAAGGUGAAAUUAGAACCACUAGAUGAUGAUGACUGGAGCAGUGGUGAUGCUGGAGCUUCCAGUGCUUCAUCAAUUCAUGAUGACCAUGAGAAGCAGCAGCACCGCAAUUCUGCAAAUUUUUCAGGAAAGCUGUUGGCAGUUCCCAAAAGCAAAGAACAGUAUCUUAUGGGACCAACAGUUAAAAGGUCUCCUGGAAGACCUAGAAAGAUACGGCCACAAGAAAAUACUUUGAAUGGUGUUACAAUUGUUCAGAAUAAAAAGGAUGAUGCAGAUGAAUUGGCAGUGAAACUAGGAUUAGAAUCUGAUUCAUCUCCAGAACAUAAAACAAAACUUUCUCAAUCAAAUGCAAACAAAGAUUCAAAUGCAUCUCAGCCACCUGUAUUGGUUGCAAACUCUAAAGGUGUUAUAAAAGUUGAUCCGCGGCAAGUGCCAAAUCUCACUUCAGGAGUAUACAUAGUAUCCAAUAAGUCUGGAGUAGUAAAACUGGAAUCUGUUUCAGGAUCUCCGGCUGUGGGUAAAGCGGUAACAUCGAGCCAGUCUGUGAAUAAUGGAAGUGGUGAGGCUAAGACUAUUGUGACCCAGUCAGGUAUUAUAAGAAAACCCGUGCAGUCAUCUGGUAUUUCUCGUGUUGCUCAGGGCCCUGGUCAAGUGAAAUUGUUAAGCAAAACUGCUGGUUCGGUUCGUCCCCAAGGCUUGUCUCCAGGACUAGUACGAGUUUCACCGACUGGUUCGCACCUGAAGAAUUUCACACCUCGAUUGGCAUCACCUGGGCAGAGACCACCAUUAACAUCACCUCGUGUACUGGGUCCGAGGCUGCAGUCAGGAACCAGACCCGUUUCUGUGUUGGCUGCUAGGCCGGGACUCGCCAAUCCUGUAAGACCAGUACUGUCUCCUAGAAUACCAGGAAUGUUACGUGCUCCUCUUAAUGCCAAAAAGUCAUCUAUUGGUAUACCUGGUGUUCAAACAAAAAUAAUGAGGGCAGUUAGCCCAAGAGUGCCAGUACAAGGAGGAAAGAUAAUGUCUUCGCUGUCUGCCCAGACACGGAGUGGUGUAAAACCAAUACAAGCUAUGCUUGGGAAAGCUGUCCAAGGAAACAAUCCCGUGUCAUCUCUUGCUACAGCAAAAAUGAAGGGCAGAGGAAAUUUUGAUGAUGAUGACGAUGAAGAAGAUGAAGAGGAAGAAGAAGAUGAUGACGAUGACGAAGAUUAUUUGAAUGAGGAAGAGGAAAGACCGGGGCGGAGCGUUGGAAGAGGACGAGGUCGUCGCAAUGCGGAAACGUCAAAAGUUGGUGACUCAGAUGGCAACAAGCAGCGAGAUAGUAAACUAGUGGACACAGAUGGUGUUCAUAUGGAAUUCCAUGAGGUCACUACAAGUGAAAGUGAGUCUGACGAUUCUCUUCCGGAAUUGCCUAUGGGGGACCUUCCAUCUCUCGAACCAGAUAGUCCACCAAGACCUUUCACUCUUUGUCCAGAAACAGGAAAGAUCUUGGGACGUGCGGAAGGGGAACCCACUCCUCCACCCAGCCCAGAGACGAAAUCAUCAGGCCAAUCUGAACCUUUGCCUGGUGAUUCAGGGCCCCCACAAGAGCAAGAACCUGAAGAAAUCUUACCUGACCCUAGACCUCCCUCUCCUCUCAAUAAAGAAACUCUGUUGAAAGUUGAAAUGAGCCCAGGUGGAACAACCGGAACAGUAGUGGAGGGUAAUGAGAAUGAAAAUAGUAACUAUGCGGAUCCCCUGAGGACAGAGCAGGGAUUGACAGUGACAAAAAUUGCUGACUCUGCAGCAAAAAAUUCACAGCAGGGAGUGAAUACAACUCAGGUAGUGACACAGACAGGGAAGGGUGGAUCUGGUAUUUCAGUGCCUGCGAGAAAACUUUAUGUUGAUGGUGCUUCAGGUAAAAUGAGUGGGGAUAUAGUGACUGUGACUGGUGAAGAUGGUGUUGUGUAUCAAAUAUCAACAGAUGGUCAGCAGGUUUCAGAUGAGUCAGGACAACAGUGUGUUUAUGUUUCGACUGAAGGGGGUGAGGGAAGUGAAGAAGGUGCAGUGCUUACACUUGAUACAGCAGUAGCUGAAGCUGUGGCACAGCUGAUGCCAGAGCAAGUGAACGUUAUCGGUGGUGCUGGUUGUUCCCAGUUCUUCAUAAAGGGUGAAGAUGGGACUGUGGUAAAUCAGGAGGGACAGGAACGCCAGCAAGAACAGAGUCAAGAGGAACAGCAGCUGGUGAUGACCUCAAUGGUGGACCAGCAGGCAGCCGAUGAAUCACAAGCACAAGUAGUGGCACAUGUUGUCCAAGAAGGAGAGCUUGACCCAGUCACAGGAAAGAGGAGGGUGGUUCUUCUGCUACCAGAUGGUAAUUUAAUGAUGACGGACGUUGAUGAAGAGCAGUAUGCUGCACUGAAUCUUGAAGAAAAGUGAUUUAAAAACUUAAAAUUGAGGUACAAGUUAAAGCACUAUCAAGUGAUAGAAACAGAAGUGGGGGCAUAUGUGAUAAUACUAUAUCCUGUAAUUUAUUUUAGCAGAUGACACAGUAUUUAUGUGUAAAACUUUCAUAUUGGAAAGUUGUCGUGCUUUUUCAUUUGAAGCAGGCUCCAGGAAGAAAAUGUUAGAUCUAAUAUGUUUAAUUUGUAACCUAGGAUUUUUUUCCUUUUAUUUAGCCAAACCGACAGUUUGACAGAUCAAUUCAACUCAACAAUUUAACUAAAUAGUGUGUAUAUGUGUACAUAAAAAUUAUAUUUUUAUAUAAGGUUUAAAACUAUGCAAAUAUGUUGUACAAUUAAUUAUUUUUAUGUAAUUUGUGGAAUGUAGCAGCACUUGUUUUAAUAUUCCCUUCCAAUAGUUGAGGGACAGCCCACAAAAGUAAAAUAGAUUACUGGAAUGUGGUGUGUGAAGUCACAUACUUGCCUUCAGUUUCUUGGUGUUUCUUCUCUUUUUAAGUUUUGUAAAAAGUGUAUUGGCUGCCAUAAAUGUGAUGGCUUCUUGCAGUGUAAUUACAACAUAUGUAAAUUUGAAAUCUUGUUACAAUUGCUGUAAGUUUGUACAAAAGACCAUUUUGUAGCAUAAAUGUAGUUGUUUCAGAGAUGUUUACGUAUAAUGUCCCCAGAUUUCUUCAGAAACCUUUUAAUUUGAUUUGUACAAAGUAGAAAUACUCACCUCACAUGAUCAUUGUUCACAUAUUUCACACUCAUUACACUCAUAAAUAAGAGACAUUUUACAUUUAUUGAUCUCUUUUACAAAAUAGUUCUGUCAUUCUAAAAAUUAGUACCUAUUCCUUAUGUUAUAACACUUCAUUUGUGUUAUAUGCAAGAUAUCCUGUAUAUUAUUGAUUGCA